CUAACCUAAAAAGUGUAGUGAAACAUUCACAUUAAUUAAAUAAUUAUUAGCUUAAAUGCAUCACAUAAGUACCAUUUCGUUAUCUUUAAGUGUAUUCACAGUCUUUUGUAAAUUCGAAUAUUCCAAAUGUCGUUUUUCCCUUCACCGGUUUUGGUUAGACUGCAAGAACUGAAACUGUGGCAAGGGAAUUAUGACAGUUUAUUGCAAAACAAUUCUAAAGAAGGGGCAAAUCCAUCGGAUUUUGAGACAAUUGAGGGUCUAUCGGCAUUGGACAGCACCGCAUCUAGUCCUUUAUCGUCACCUGAAAGGGAUAAAGCGAUAGAUUGGGAUAAAAAAGCUAUAUCACCUACAAAACCAUUCGAACAACUUUUGGAAGAGAAACUAGCUCAAGAUAAACCAGUUCAAGUUCAGGCAAAGCCUAAACGCCCGUUCUUGAGAAAAGGUUCUGGUCUGACACGCUAUAAAUCAAAUCAACAGGCCCAACCAUCACGAAGAAGAACUCAGAAUAAACCGCCCAUUCACAGAACUUGGCAAAACGAGCAAAGCAGAAUUAGAAAACUUCCAAGCGAGUUAGUUACACUAAAAAGUUGCUUAAAAUCCCCAAGGAAGCAAAGAAAGGAAGAGUGCGAAAUUGAUCUUACUCCUUUAAAAAUGCCAGAUCUUACUAUGAAACCUAAAGCUACAUGGCAUAAGGUGUUAGAAGAGGAUAACUUAGAUGAAAAAAUUAAAGAGCAGUGUAAAAAAUCUGAGGAUAAUUAUAAUAUAUAUCAAAACAGCUUUAAUUCACACAUCAUUGGAAAAAUUAACGAUUUUAACUUGAGGCGUUUAUUGCCACUUAGUCCUCGGAAGAACAUUAUUUAUAAAAGAUGUUCAGAUUCAAUAACUACCAUUCCUGAAAUUGAAUCUGAAAAGUCUUCACCAAUUGACGAUCAGUCUUCUCACGAGAGAUCCGUGGAGAGUGAAUUGCGUAUAUUCGAAGCAUUAGAGGAACGAGUGGAACACAGCAGCUUCUCAUCAACAAAUUCUAGUAUCUUGAGGUUACUUUCCAGUACGCCAAAUAAAGCAAAACCUAAACUAUCAAGUACAGGUUCGAUCAUAGAAGAACCGAAGAUCCUAGAAAAUGAAGGAAUACCGUCAGGUUACCACGUCCUAGGUUAUCAAAAUUCGCUUUUACAGAAGAAACUGAACGAAGUGAAUAGGAGAACAGAUGUACUGCACGAUUUUUUAAAAAACUUGAGGAAAAUUGGUAAAAAUAAGAGGACAAGCAUCAGCUCUGCAGAAUCCGUUCAGGAGAGAUCGCCCGAGACGAGUUUUUCCGACGAAGAAAAGUGGUCUACUAAUACUGACGUUGAAAGAUCCGUGUCACCUUCGAGCAGUUUUACGGAUACGUUUAAAGCUAGCACUAUACAAAAUGUCGAUGUAGCAACCAACACCAGCAUGGAAGAGAAGGACGAGAACGUAAAAAAUGAAAAAUGCCAAAACUGCCAUGAACUUCAGGUCAAACUGGAGAAAGUCAGCAAGCAGUUACCCGAUAUCCAAGUGGAAAAGGCUCGAGUGUGUGACUUUGCUAAGGAACUUGAAGUUAAAAGAGAUCAGCUGUAUAAAGACAUGGAGAUGAUGAAACAGAAACAUGACAGAGUAAUAUCCGAGAUGAAAGAGGAGUUAGAUAAUGAAAAAAGGCGUUUCGCUCGAGAAAAAAUGAUGUUCGAUAUGUAUAUGAAAGAGUCAAAAAAUCGUUCGACUAAGAAGGAACGGGAAGAAAUCUCUGACCUGAAGAAAGAACUAGCAGACUGCAAGGAACUGCUAAAACUAAAAGAAACGAAAAGCGGAGCUACGCAGGCCCGUUUACGAACCCAAAUAAAACAAAUGGAAAAAGAAAAUGUCGAAUUAAAACUGGAAGUGGAGAAAUUACAGAAAGAAAACGCCAAACUGAACGCUACACAGCUGAUGCGAAGACCGUCCGAAGUCAAGAUGUUGCACGAAAUCAACAAAAACCUUACCAAACUCACGGAAGAGACAUUGAAGAAGCAAAUGAAUAAGACGGACACGAGCUGUAACACGGACAGUCCCGUGGAUAUCAGAAAGAGACGUUCCAAGAAAUCCAAAGAGGUAGAUGACGAAAGUAGUGGGCAGGAAAUAUCAGCCAAAAAGAAUUCAAGUUUGAAACGUAACACUCCCGAGGAGGAUACGUCUGGCAGUAUUAACGAGAUCUCUAGACACGAGAUGACCACUUUUGCAAACUUGUCUCUGGAAAAACAGUAUGAAAAUGUAUUUGGGCAGUUUUCAACUCUCGGAAUAAAUAACAAUAGUCUAAAUGACUCGAAAAAAGACAGGACCGAAACGGUGUUUGAGGACGGUUCGAAGGAAAUCAGAUACAGCAACGGCAACACCAAAACGAUUUCCCCCGACGGGAACCUAGUAAUAGUUAAAUAUUACAACGGAGACAUCAAGGAGACCAAUUUGUUGGAAAACACAUUGAAAUAUUACUAUGCCGAAAACUCCACUUGGCACAUACACUACGGCGACGGUACGGAGGUGCUGGAAUACCCGAACGGACAGAGAGAAAAGACGUAUAAAGACGGUAGGAAAGAGGUGAAAUGCGCCGACGGCUCGUGUUUAUUCAAGGCUGUAGACGGUACGGAGGAGAUAAUUUAUCCCGACGGGUCUAAGAUCAUAAAGCAUCCGGAUGGAGAGAAAGUCCUCCUCUUACCGAACGGGCAGAAGGAGAUUCAUACGAAAGAACAUAAGAGACGAGAGUAUCCUGAUGGAACGGUAAAAAUUCUUUAUCCCGAUGGUACCCAGGAGACGAGGUACGCAUCAGGACGUAUCCGAAUAAAAGACGUCAAUGGAGUUUUAAUAAUGGACUCUCAGAAUCCCGCUCAUUGAAGUUGGUUAACUCAACGAUUUGUGAUAUUAAUGUAUA